AUGUCGACCACAGUAGACCCUCAGCGCCAAAACGGCGAUAUAGCCACCGUCCUGGACGAGAAGCUCCGCCUCAACGACACCACCGCGCCCAUCGCAUCCUCCUCCGCGACGUCCACCGCCUCCGGCUUCGUCACCCCCGCCGAGCAACCUUCGCAGAUCCCCUCGCACAUCCCCUCCACCGAGCCCAUGGCGCUCCCAACCGUACCUCCCGCACCCACCGGCCCCCUACGAACACCAAUCCCGCACCCCUUACCAACCAGCAAGCCCGACCCGCCCGCCGGCCACCCGCCCCUCAGCGCCGAGCAGUCCCAAAAAUACGCCGACGUCCUCGCCGCGGUCCAAGCCUGGACGACCGUCCCGACAAGCUCAGGCCGGAGCCCCAAACACGAGCCCCUCCUCGACGACGAGCGGCUCUGGCUCACGAAAGAGUGUCUCCUGCGCUAUCUCCGCGCGACAAAAUGGGUCGUACCCACCGCGAUACAGCGGCUGCAACAGACGCUAACCUGGCGGCGCGAAUACGGGCUCUACGCCUCGCUGCCGAACCACACCCAGGCGCCGGACUACAUCAGCGUGGAGAACGAGACGGGGAAGCAGGUUGUGUUGGGCUUCGACAACGACGCGCGCCCGUGUCUGUAUCUGAAUCCCGGGAAGCAGAAUACCCAGAAAAGCGACAGGCAGCUGCAGCAUCUUGUGUUUAUGCUGGAGCGGGUGGUCGAUCUGAUGCCGGCGGGCCAGGAGACGAUGGCGCUGCUGAUUAAUUUCAAGGAGAGCUCGAGCGGGAGCAAUCCGAGUGUGGGGCAGGGGAAGGCGACGCUGGCGAUUUUGCAGGGCCAUUAUCCGGAGAGGUUGGGACGGGCGAUUGUUAGUGAUCUCCCCUGGUACGUCACAACCUUCUUCAAGCUCAUCUCCCCCUUCAUCGACCCCAUCACAAAAUCAAAGAUGAAAUUCAACGAGCCCCUCGACCGCCACGUCCCCUCUGCCCAGCUGUGGAGCCACUACGGCGGCAAGGCCGACUUCGAAUACGACCACUCCCUGUACUGGCCUGCGCUCGUCAAGAUGUGCGAGGAGCGGCGGGCAGCGUAUAGAGCUAGGUGGGAACGAAGGGGGAAGAUGGUGGGGGAGAGUGAGUUUUAUUUGAGGGGUGGGGAGGAGGUGGGGGGUGUGUAG